CCUAAGCUUCGUGUCAACACAACUUUCAGAAAGGUUGUAGAGACAUUUAAAAACAGGAGAGAUAAAGAUAGAGAUGGGCCCCCUCCCAAACCUGGAAAAGUGGCCUGUGACGUCUGCACUGGUAUGAAGCGCAAGGCCCUGAAGUCCUGCCUGGUGUGUCAGACCUCUUACUGUGAGACUCACCUGGAGCCUCAUCAGAUAGCCCCACCCUUAAAGAGACACAAACUGAUCGACCCUGUGGAGAACCUGGAAGACAGGAUGUGUAAGAUGCAUGACAGACUCCUGGAGUUGUUCUGUAGGACUGACCAGACAUGUGUGUGUCAGUUCUGCACUGAGGGAGAACACAAGACUCAUGACACUGUCCCUAUAGAGGAGGAGUGUGGAGAGAGGAAGGCUCAGCUGGGGAAAACUGAGGCAAAAGUGCAGCUGAUUAUCCAGGAGCGACUGAAGAAGGUUAAAAAGAUCCGACUCUCAGUAAAUCGCAGCAAGAGAGAUGCAAAUAGAGAGAUAGCAAACAGUGUACAAGUCUUUACUGCUCUGGUGCGCUCCAUUGAGAAAAGCCAAGCUGAGCUCAUUGAGGUGAUUGAGGAGAAGCAGAAAGCAGAAGAGCGGCAGGCUGAAGGGUUCAUUAAAGAACUGGAGCAGGAAAUCACUGAGCUAAAGAAGAGAAGCACUGAUCUGAAGCGGCUCUCACACGCUGAGGACCACUUCCAACUUCUCCAGAGCUUCCUAACCCUAGAGUACAAACCUCCACCAACCAAGGACUGGUCUGAGAUCAGUGUUUACAGUGAUCUGUGUGUGGGGACUGUUAGGAGAGCUGUGUCUCACCUGGAGGAGAUACUGAAUAAAGAGAUGGAGAAGCUGCCUGAAGUCAAACUGAAGAUGAUUCAGCAGUAUGCAGUGGAUGUGACUCUAGACCCUGAUACAGCAAAUCUCUAUCUCAUCUUGUCUGAAGAUGGGAAACAAGUGAGAACUGGAGACAUACCACAGAAUCUUCCUGACAAUUCAAAAAGGUUUGACGGUCAUCGAUUUGUCCUUGGAAAGGAUGGCUUCUCCUCAGGAAGAUUUUACUAUGAGGUGAUUGUUAAGGGGAAGGCUAGAUGGACUUUAGGAGUGGCCAGAGAGUCCAUAGACAGGAAGAGGUGUAUCAUACAGAAACCUGAGGAUGGACUCUGGACUGUGACCCGAAGGGAGGAGAAUGUUAUCUGGACCUUCCCCCCUGUCAUCCUCUCCCUGAGAAAGAAGCCCCAGAAGGUUGGGGUCUUUGUGGACUAUGAGGAGGGUCUGGUCUCCUUUUACAAUGUUAAGGCCAGGUCUCAUAUCUACUCUUUCACUGACUGCACCUUUACAGAGAAACUCUUUCCAUUCUUCGGCCCCUCUGAUAAUGAUGAUGGUCAAAACUCAGCCCCUCUCAUCAUCUCUCCUGUCAAUCAUACAUGCUGAUUAAACAAUGCAGAGGGAACAGUUAAUUAACUAAUUACAUUCACAUAUCAUUAAAUAUAUUUAGUCAGCUGACAUGACAUGUGAUUAGAAUUUCCAUGGAUGUCCUCUGAAAUCUCAUAACGAAUUUAAAAUCGAAACUUCUUUACUCUUUAAGAACAGAUUGAAUAUUACUGGGGGAGGGGUGCCACA